CCUGUUCUCUACCAAGGAAAGAGAGACAGUAUUCAAUUUGUUUGAGCAAUUCCACGGACGAUAAAUUGUUAAAUGGCAAGCGAGGGCAAUAAGCUGUGGGGUGGGCGUUUUUCUGGUGAUGUUGACCCAGAGAUGAAUAAAUUCAACGCCUCCAUUGGAUUUGAUAAAAGAAUGUGGAAAGAAGACAUUAUGGGAAGUGAAGCAUACGUUAAAGCAAUAGAGAAAGUUGGCUUAGUAACCGAGAAUGAAAUGGAAGAAAUCCUAAGUGGCUUAGGCAAGGUCAGAGAUGAAUGGUCAAAUGGAAGCUUUGACCUUCAACCAUCAGAUGAAGACAUCCAUACAGCAAAUGAAAGAAGAUUAAAGGAAAUUAUCGGAAGUGUUGGUGGUAAACUUCAUACUGGCAGGAGCAGAAAUGACCAGGCUCAAGUGGAUGCAAGAUUGUGGCUUAAAACAGAGAUCAAGACUCUUCAAACCCUGUUGUUUGAGCUGAUUAAAGCCUUUCUAGUAAGAGCUAAAGUAGAAAUCGACUUUCUGAUGCCGGGAUACACUCAUCUGCAGCAAGCUCAACCAAUAAGAUGGAGUCACUGGCUUUUGAGUUAUGCUUGGGCACUGAAGAGAGAUUAUGAUCGCUUGGAAGAGGUCUCUAAACGAGUUGAUGUCAACCCUCUUGGAAGUGGUGCCAUUGCAGGGAAUCCUUUCAAUAUUGACCGUCAGUUUCUUUCCAAAGAGUUAAAUUUCUCCGCCGUGACAGGGAACAGUAUGGAUGCAGUAGGGGACAGAGACUAUAUUGUAGAAUUUCUCUUCUGGGCUUCGCUCUUGUCAACACAUCUCAGUCGCUGGGCAGAGGACAUGAUUCUAUACUCAACCAAAGAGUUUGGGUUUAUGUCAUUAUCUGAUGCUUACAGGCUGGUUUUCUUUUCAAGUUCUGUUUAUUUUUUAUUUAUCUAUUCCUCUGAUGGGAUCCAUGAUACCUUUGUAAUCGCAUUUCUAGAACUUUUCCUGCUCAGGAAACAGGGAUUGUGGGAAUGCAUAUUCAAAGGGGAUAGGGCAAUUUUUUGGUUUUUCUCUUCCUCGCUUUGUGAUUGGUCUGAAAAACUCCCCUGUGACACCCUCUCCACCAAUAAGAUGAAUAUUUACAAUUUUACACUUGCAUUUUUCUGUCCUUCAGAGAGUAUUGGAGUGUUUUAUUGUAAGUUCUUAAUAGCUGUAUUGGUGUGUUUUAUUGUAAGUUCUUAUUGGUUGUAUUGGUGUGAAGACAAGGAACCAUUGUUUGAUGUGUGUGACACAUUACGUGGUUUACUUCAAGUAGCUACUGGAACCUUACUCACACUCAAGAUACACAAAGACAAGAUGUUGGCUGCACUGAGUCCAGAUAUGCUGGCCACGGACCUGGCUUAUUACCUUGUGCGGAAAGGGGUUCCCUUCCGUGAGGCUCACAGUUUGUCCGGUGAGGCAGUUCAGGCUGCGGAAACCAAAGGCUGUCUUCUGAAUCAACUCACUUUGAAUGACUUGAAGCAAAUCAGCCCACUGUUUGAGGAAGAUGUUAAUGAAGUGUGGGACUAUGAACACAGUGUGGAACAAUAUUCAGCUGAGGGAGGAACUGCUAAGAGCUCUGUUGAGGGACAAAUUUACAAACUACAACAAUGGAUGGAUUAUUAUGGAGAGAAUCAACUUACAGCAGAAUGAUACUUGAGUCACAAACGUUAUUGACAAGAUGAAGCUCUCUUUUCUUGGAGUGGAAAAAAAAAAGAAAGCUGACUAGAUACGUGAAAAAUAGAAACUUAAAACAAAAAACAAACAAACAAACAAAGCAACCAAGGAAAACGAGAUAUUUAAUUGGAGUUCGGCAAAUAGCUAACUUAAAGUAUUUCUCCACUUGGGAAAAAGUCAGGUACUAUACUGUAUAAAAAAAUUAUGAUCAUUCAUCUACCUCAGCAAAUAACAAUAAUUAUAAAGUAUUUAUUGUUUAGCUCAUAACGUAGUGUGAUGUGAAUCAGUACAUCAGAAGUGACCACAUCAGGAAACAAACGGAUAUUACUUAAUUAUUUUUGUUCAUUUUAUUUUAUUUGAAAUUUUUCUUUCUGUAAAUGUCCUUAGCCUAGUUACCAGCUUUGAAAGCAAACAUUUUAGUAUGAAUAAUGUUGUAAUGGUUUUAUCAGUUUAUUGUAAACAGAAAGGCAUUGAGAACACAGAAUAAAACUCAAGUAGCGUUUAAAAUCUG